UCGGCAUUUUUCCUAGUUUAGCUUUACUCUCGGUUCUGCUUUCUUUUUUUUUUAUUGUGCGUGUUGUCGUUCAGCUUUUUACCCGUAGGCAUAUCCACCAUGGCGUCCCCCCAAAAGCAAGACACUGACCUGCGACGUAUGGUGGAGUCGCUGACGAGUACAGUGGCCUCCCUAGUACAGCGGCUGCCACCUCUCCCGGCGGAGGAGGUUGCGAUUGAAACGGAGUCGGUGGCUGAGGAGCGCAACGACGAGGAUUUCCCCACCGGGGACCACCCGCAGUCGACGCAGUUGCAACCACCCACCCUUCCCAUCCCGGAACACGAAGACACUGUCUCUCCAAACGAUUGGCUGACAGGCUUGUCAGGCGUGGGGCCCCGGGAAACCCCACCUGUGCUAAUGGAGUUCAUCCGAAACCACUGGGGCCCCGAAGGCCGCCAGGAGCGCUGCAGGAAGGCCCUGGCGGACUUCCCGCGACGUAAAUUGGCAAUGUUCGCAGUGCCAGAACUGAACCCCGAAAUGCGGGCCCUGGCUCGGGAAGCGGCCAGGAGACGAGGUUCGACGGAAGGUGACCUGGAGACUGGGGGAGUUCACCACCGGGACCAGGCACUCCGGACGCCCAGGCAGCGGUAGUGUCUGCGGUGGGGCCCCUGGUUGCCCUCCUCGAACGAUGUUUGGGGGGGGGGGGCAGGAUGCCUACGACCCCCUGGGGGAGGGGCCAGGUGAUACGAGGGUAAGCGAACGAAAGCGGUUAGUUGCAAGACAGCUGGCAAGGCUGAUAGGUCGCUUGGCCGCUACCUCUCUGGCAGUCCUAGAGGCCCCUCUGCGCCUCCGGUCCCUCCAAUCCCUUCGGCAUGGGACACUGAAACGGGGUUCCUUCGAGACCACGAUUACGCUCACCCAAGGGGUCAGGGAGGAUCUGGGCUGGUGGAGCAAGGUCCUCCUAUCUCAUCCGUUUAGCAGGCU